AUCACGGGAAGAGGAUUCAAACCAGGGCGGGUUAACGGUGGACAGCUUCGUCAGAAAGAUGGCAGCGGAGGACGAGCUGCAGCUGCUGAGGAGCCAGCUGAAGAAGAGCGAGGAGCAGGCCCGGCAGGCCGCUCAGGCCGGCCUGGACCUCCUCAGGCAGGUGGACGAGCUGCAGGAGCGCCUGGACGAGCAGAGGGUGGAGAUGACCAACGCGCUGGAGGCUCUGGAGCAGGACAAGUACUCCCUUCAGAAGGAGGUGGAGCUCAAGAACCGGAUGCUGGAGUCUCUGCAGUCAGAGUAUGAGAGCGUGAAGAAGCAGCAGAAGCAGCAGCUUGAAGAACAUCAGGAACAUCUGGAGAGGAGCCACAGCGUGGCCCUCAGUGAGCUCCAGAACAAGGUUCUGAGGCUGCAGUCCACCCUGGAGGAGUUCCAGCUGAACGAGAAGCAGCUGACGCACAAGCUGGAGCUGCAGGCGGAGGCGCUGAGCAACAAGAUGGAGGAGCUGAGAGCCCUGGAACAAAACACCCAGAGCUCCAUGACCUCAGAGAUGAUGGAGGUCCAGCUGAAGGCCACGGAGCUGGAGAACGCCAAGGUGGAGAUGGAGCAACUUCUGCAGGAGAGCCUCUACAGGGAGCAGCAGCUGGAGCUGAGCAGGAGCAGCCUGCUGAGACAGCUGGAGAGGAGCAGGGAGGAGAAGGAGGAGCGGGAGAGGGAGGCUGUGAGCUGGUUCAACGCUUUGGAGAAAUCUCGAGAGCAGAACCGGGACCUGCAGACCCAGUUGGAUCAGGUUCUUCAGCAGGCCCAGGAUCCAAGCAGCAAAGGGAACUCCCUGUUUGCCGAGCUGGAGGAUAAGAGGGCAGCGAUGGAGCGGCAGCUCAUCAGCAUGAAGGUCCAGUACCAGUCCCUGCAGAAGAUGCACGCCUUCAGCAAGCAGCAGAUGCAGCGCCUGAAGGCCCAGAUCGCCACUCUGAUGCAGCUGCAGGGUUCUAGAGCCGACCCGGCUCAGCUGGAGAGGCUGAUGUCCAUGCUGGCUGAGAAGAACGCAGAGAUCCAGAACCUGGAGACCAAACUCCAGAGGCUGGAGAAGAUGGAGAGUCUGCUGAAGGCCGAGCCGGCCGAUCCGGUCCAAGCAGAGGGAGGCGCCGGCCAGGAUGAGACGUUCUACACAGACCUUCUCAGACUGAAGCUCAGCAACUCUGUGAUGGUUCCCUGCAGUGGACGAUCUGCUCAUCAUUUCUUAUCUCUUCCAGAACCAGAGGUCCAACCUGCCAAGUGUGUGAAGAUCAGCUCUGAUGACCCAGAAGUGAUCUUCAACUCCAGUUGGACCGGUACCGAGGAGAAAGACGAGCUUGAGGAGAACCGCCAGCAGAACCUACAAGAAGGGAGGAGAAGGAAACCAAAGGUUGAGGUGAUCUACGUGAGGUCUGAUACAACCCAGGAGAACCAGUGUUCCCAGCAGUAGAGUCUUCAUGGAUCGUUUCAAGCUAGAACUCUGUUGUUGUUUAUUUAAGGAACUUUAUUGUUUUUAAUCAUUAAAGAACUUUGACCAGAACCAGCGUCUUCUCUGGGUCCAUCACAGAACCCAUCCUGGGUCAGAACAUCCAGGUCCCUACCUGGCCGUUAAUGUUAGCUAACCAUGGGGCUGGCAGCAGAACCGGUGGAACCUAGGACCAUGCUGCAUGCCAUCCUUUCAUGGCGUUCAAGGUUCAGGGGAACCUGGGGCCACCAUCAGGUCCACCUAACCCAGGGGCCACCUUUAGGUUCUUCUAACCCAAGGGCCACCUUCAGGUCCGCUUUCAGGGGCCACAUUCUGGGCCACCUUCAGGUCCAUCUAAGUCAGGGGCCAACCUCCAGGGACCUCGGUCCAUCCAUCAGAGAAGGAAUGUUUCCUUAUAGUUUCCAACAUGUUGCUUAAACUUCUGAUGAGACUCGUUUUAAAUUCAAAGUCGUUUUUGACGCUGGUUGAAGUUUUAAUCAUCUGAUCCAGAAAAAAACUUCUUGACCUCCAUG